AUGCCGAAUCAGGCAGUUUUCGCGAAUGCCUACAACCGGCCUCAAUCUCGAGAAUCACGACAAGUCCCUUACCAGAAUGACGCUGGAAGCAAUCCUGUACUCCGGGGGUUACCUCUGGCGGUCAUAUCUUCUAUCAUCGGGUCGUCCUCUUACAUCCAGAAUAUCUUUUGGAAAUUAAAUCGUUUCGACAAGCUCAAAGACAUCAAGCAUCUCCACAACUACGAACCCCGACAUGAUCCCACGGUCGUACCUCUUUCGUCCGCUUCUGCAGAGCCACCUUCCCUGACAAGCCUGCCUUCACCAGCCCCUCGAGCCGCAGUCAACAACUACUACACGUGCGCCGAUUAUCAUGAACUAUAUACCUCUGGCAAGCUCACGCCGUCAGCUGUCAUUGAAGCUCUCCUGCCACUGAUCCGACGAGAUGUCACACCGGCUGGACAGUACUCUGUUGGGUUUAUAGACACCAAGGUCGAACUCGUUCAAGCUGCUGCAAGAGCCUCCUCCGAAAGAUAUCGGCUCGGGAAACCGUUGAGCGUUUUGGAUGGUGUGCCAGUCGCAGUGAAAGAUGAGGUGGACUUGACGGGCUACAAGAAGACCCUGGGCAGUAAGCUGGACUUUACAGACCCCAAAGAUCGCACGGCCUGGUGUGUAGAGAAAUGGCAAGAAGCUGGAGCCAUCUUGAUUGGCAAAACAUCCAUGCACGAGGUCGGUCUGGACACCACCGGAAACAACCAGACCUGGGGCACUCCCUUGAACCCUCACAACAAUGACUACUAUACUGGCGGUAGCUCUAGCGGUUCUGCCUUUGUAGUCGCCUCGGGUAUUGCGCCCAUCACCCUGGGUGUAGAUGGCGGUGGUUCGAUUCGUCUCCCCUCUGCUUUCUGUGGCAUCUACGGUCUGAAAACGUCCCAUGGUCGCGUGUCGUCCCGUGUUGAUCAUGAAUUCAACGAGACCGUCGUAGUGGCAGGACCCAUGGCCAGCAGCAUUGACGACCUCGCACUCGCCUACCGCAUCAUGGCACAGCCGGAUCCCCUUUCCAAUCGGGGCUCAAAGUUCCCUAAUCCCCUUUUACCAUCUUCGCAGACCUCCCAGUUGCUCACAGGGAAGAGAUAUCUCGGUAUUGAUCGAGCGUGGGUGAAUCGCUCUGACAAAGCCGUGCUUGACAUGUUCAGUACCGCUGUUGACCACUACGUUAAAACCCAGGGAUACGAAGUUGUCGAGAUUAGUAUCCCCUUGCUCCCACAAGGCCAGAAAGCCCACGCGUUGACUAUUCUUUCGGAGUCUCGGAGCCGCUUCUCGCCCCAGCAGAUCAAGAAACUCUCGUGGCACAAUCAACUGCUUCUAAAUGUCGCUGGGAGCCAUGCUACAGCACAGGACUUUCUCUUCGCGCAGCGUCUACGCAACCUCCAGAUGUGCCACUUGGCCUGGUUGUGGGAGGAAUACCCGGGCAUGCUGGUGCUCUCGCCUACAACACCCUGCGCCGGAUGGAAGAUCGGGAAACCCAGUGACCUCACUAACGGGUAUGGUGUGAGCGACGGUGACAUGAGUUUGAGGAGUAUGGAAUAUGUCUAUCUGGCCAAUUUCGUGGGAUGUCCUGCGAUUUCGUUUCCCAUGGGAUACACUGACAACAAUGUCCCCGUUGGUCUUAUGGCUAUGGGAGAAUGGGGCAGCGAGGAACAGCUGAUCUCGUUCGGUAAAGAGGGCGAAGGUCUGCUUGAAGGUGGCAUUCGACGGCCUCGGGGUGACAAGAUGUGGGUUGAUGUUUUGGCCGCAACCAAGGCUGCCUGA